AUGGGGUUAUGUAAGUGUAGUGCUCUGAAGGAAGGCUCUUUUGUCUACUUGUCUUUCAUGGGAAACAUUGCUGAUUCUGAUAGCUUCAUUGCUUCCUUGUGUAAGCACUUCGUACAGAUUGCUCUGUGCGUGUGUGAGUUGUAUGGCGGGUGGAUGACCUUCUCCCCGGAGUGGCUUAUGGGAAGCCCCAACCUCAACACCAACAGUCGGCUGUACUUUUGGGUCUACCUGGUAUUUUUCAAUAGUGUGUGGGUCCUGGUCCCAGGACUGUUGCUGUGGCAGUCGUGGGUAGAACUCAAGAAAAUGUAUCGCAAAGGAACCAGCUUAGGGAAAAAGUUCCAAUGAAUUUCAAAAAUCAUAAACAUUUUCUAGCUUUAUGAGCCAGACUGGAUUAAACCUUUUUGUUUUGAUAAAGUUUAAUACAUUCCAGUCUACAAUUUCUUUCAUAUUGUUAUUCCUGAACAACCAACUUCAAAUUGAUUGUAAGAUGACAAGAUUUCAUUGUUGAUUUAUUUUUCCAGUUAAAUGGCAAUAUAGGGAACAGAGAAUAAAUUUUAACUUGUCAUAAUCACAUAGUUAAUUAUACAUUUUUAUAUCUAAGAUUAAUUGUGCUAUGUUAAUAAAGCCAAUAAUCACAAAA